AUGAUGAAGAUGAUGAUGAUGAUGGUGGCGUCCCUGUCGGACUUGUCAAACCGUCUCUGUUGUCCUCACAUGGGACCUGUCUCAGGACACCUGUGUCUCCACACAGCUCUGGGACCUGGAGCAGGUUCUGCCCCCUGAACCCAGCAGCUUCUUGUCCUCUGGAGACACAGAACCAGCUGGACCUGAAGACCCAUCAGCCCAUCAGAAGGUCCUCGUCCUUCACCAAGCUGUCCACAGGAAGUGAGAAGACGUCCAGCUGGACCCCCAUCAGUCCUUACAACACUGGGACUCAAGGCUCCCUGGACCGAGGUCUACUGAACCGCUACAGGAAGAAGAACCAGACGUCCAACCGGGACCUUUAUCUACCGUUGUCCUCCUCCAGGACCUGCAGUUUUCUGCAGACCUCACCAGGAUCCAGUCCUGGUUUUCACUACAGCCACAGCUCCAGGUCCUCAGCUCAGUCUUCACCAGCCAAGCAGAGUAGUUUGGACCUGAACCACAGCCCAGAACCUUCUCUGAUGGGGAGACAGGUCUGUGGACUGGGUCUGGACUCUUCUCUGGGACUGAACUUUGACAGGGAGUCCCCGAUCCAAGCAGCUGUUCGGACCCAGAUGUGGCUGACUGAGCAGAUGGAGCACCGGUCCAACCUGGAGCCUGGACCCGGUGAGACCUCCAGAACAGAGGGAUGUGGUCUAGAUGGGUUCUCAUCCUGGUCUCAGGAACCAGGACUCCAGCAGGAGACAACAGCAGCCAUGAUGAAGAUGAUGGGGUCUGCUCUUCCUCCUGAUGUUCUGCUGAAGGUGAAAGAAGGUCUGCUGAGGCAGAGAGAACAGGAGAUCAACAGACAGAAGSUGCAGAUGCUGCAGCUCCACGCUCGGAUCAGAGAGAAUGAGCUCAAAACUCAGCAGGUUCUGCAGAACCACAGAGGCCUGUUUGACCAGCCUCUAAUCCUCAACGUUCAGGAGCCAGCAGGAAGACCGAGCUGUGAUGAAGAACUGGGGAGGAAGUUAGCCGUGGCUGAGCAGGAAGUUCUUUAUCUGAACAAGUUCUUCAAACAGAUCACCCAGAGGUACACAGAGGACAUGAAGAAACUGGAGGAAAAGAUAAAGACCAGGGAUCGGUACAUCAGCAGUCUGAAGAAGAAGUGUCAGAGAGAUACUGAGGAGAACCAAGAGAAGCAGCAGAGGAUAGAGACUCUGGAGACAUAUCUGUGUGAUCUACCAUCACUGGAUGAGGUACAGCUUCAGUCCAAACAGCAGGAGGAGUUCCAGCAGAAAGCCGAGGAUUUGAAGAGAACUGUGUCCCAGUUGGAGAAAAGCAUCGAGGAAGGAUGUUCUCUGCUUCAGGAGAAAGACACCAUGCUCCAGCUGCAGGCCAGCAGAGAGCAGGAGCUGCAGGAGUCUGUACGCAACGUUCGGUGCCCCAGCAGACGAGGGCGGAGCCUCAGAGGACGCCGGCGAAGAGGAGCUGAGCUUCAAGCUGCUCCAGGUCAGCCGUCUGAGAGGAGACAUCAACGAGCUGACCAGAACCAUCUCAGACCGCUACCUUCACAACCUGGGGGACAACUGGGUCACACAGAACAUCCAGAACCACACAGCUCCUGGACCUCAAAGCCAGAAUCACAGCAAGUGAACAUCAAACCCAACAGUGCAGUCAGGCUCUGGUUCUGGUUCUGGUUCUGUCCCACCAUGCAUCAGAUGUAUUUUCACACAUUAAAUAAACUCUGGUGUGUUGGUGUCAGUCUCUUGGUUCGGCUCGUUCAGUUCUGUUGGACUCAGAACCUUGUGUGACAUUAGUUCAUGAAUCAUAACUUUAAUGAAUCAUGAUUCAAUAAAAUGAGUCAUAAUUUUAAA